AUGCUAAAUGUUUCAGAGUUCGUAGAUGCCGCUCUGGAAGUUGUGAUGCAGCCUUCGAGUUCCACCCGCCACGCGGACGAUGUCCAACGACGGAAAGGGACUUCUGAUCAAAUGCAGAAGUAUAAGGUGAAGUUUAAGAUCAACAUCAUGAGAAAAUAUUGAAGAGCGAAUUAAAUAAACAUUUUUCAUUGGAUUUAACUUGUGUCUUUUCAUAGAAGUUCAAUUUUCUUGUUUUAAGAUUCAUCCUUCUUCAAAUGCUCAUUCUGGUGGUCAAACCAAUAGAUUAUCGAGAAGAAAAGAACCAGGUAUUUUUUUUUAAAUGUCUGUUCAUUUUGUCAGUGGAUACUAUUCCUAUUAUGAAAAUGAAUAUUUGUUGCAGAACAGGACUUUAUCGUGUUGAGACUCCUAAGUCGCAUCCAAUGUACAAAUCAACCGAGAAAGAAGAGAUCAAACGAGUGGCAGGCGUUCUGAGAAUGCCCGAAUCUCAUAAAUACUAUAAUGUGAGUCGAUCUUAUAAACUUUUUGAUUUUUGUUUUCUUAAAAAAAUACAAAAUUUCAAGAAAAAUCAAUGUACAACAUUUAUAAUUUGGUAACUAAAUUGAAUGAAUGUUUAUUUCGCUCACAGACAGAUCUGUAGCGUCGAGGAAGAGAACCAUGAAAGUUAUAUUUGCCUCCACUUCGAUAUAGUUCCACUUUAAUCUUAAAAUAUUUUAGGUAGAAUCGAAGAGAAUCAAAAACCAAAGUAAUCUAUAAACGAGUUGAAUCAUUUUGUGAUAUUUGCAGCCUCUUAUCAAAAACCAAUUUUUCAAACAACUUUUAAAUCUUCUUUGGUCAUCCCCUAAUUCUGUUUAAGCCGUUCCAGUAUUUAUACACGCGUUGCGUAAUAAAGUUAUAGUGAACAUGAUGGAUUGGUGGUGGUUCGAGUUUAAGGCCGUUGCCUCUCAGUUGGUUCCGUCUAUUUGAUAUUGUUUGUAACUUGAAUGGAGAUGAACACCAAUAAUAACCAUAUAUAAACUGAUGUGUAAUUAUGACAUCUUUUCGCAGUCUCCUUCUCCAUAGAGUGUCUAGAGAAAGUGAUUUUUAUCUUACAGCAUAGGUUUCUUUUGGGAGAAGCCGUCUGGUGAAUUUUCUUUGAACCGAUUCUAGCCUGUUUAUGUCAGAUUGGGUCAGUGGAGAGAAUAGCUCCGAUCCAUACUCUAAAAUUGGUAGAAUUUUGGCUUUAUAGCAGUUCAUAAAGUUUUUAACUGAGAAAGUGAAGCAACGGAAAAGAUUAUUGAUUAUACGAAUGCUUUUUUUGACUAUUAUGUCGAUAUGAUGCGUUUUCAGAAAUCAACUCCUAAAUCUCUAAUCACCUCUUGUUUGGGGAUGGAUUCUUCUCCUAUUCUAUAGUCGUUCCAGAUUCCCCUUCUUUUACCAUACCGCACAUAGACGCUUUUAGAGCUAGAAAUAGAGAGUUGCCUUUCUGAAAGCCAGUAUCUUAUUGAGUUAAUAUCUGAUUGCAGCUUGAGGUUAUAAUUAUCAAUUUCUGAGCUUAUGAAUAAUUUUACGUCAUCUGCAUAAAUGAGCAUUUUGCUAUGUUUUACGACACUAGUUAUAUCAUUUAUGUAAAUCAAGAAAAACAACGGUCCUCAGCAGCUUUCUUGCGGACCAGACAACACCUCGGUUUCGUUGGAUACUUCAUCAUUGAGACGGACAAAUUGAGUUCUAUUGGUCAAGUACUGUGAAAACCAUUUUUGUAAGCGACCUACACUUGAAGCUAAUUUUCAGAGGUUUCGAGAAAUUAUUAACAAUUUCUUUUUACUCCAGCUCAUUAUUUUUCUUCCUGAUCUUGCUAUCAAAUACAUUGCGAUGAAAACAUUGCAAACAACUUACUUACAGUUGUAUAAAAGCCUCCACAGUGGUGAACCGACGGAUCCGCGAAAGUCGGCCGAAGUCCGCAGCAACUCGCAGGUGUACACCUACGGGGCCAAGCGACCGCAGUUGCUCUCGUUAGCCAUUCCCAACUUCUCCAUUGACGCCUGUUCUGGCGCCACUCCGCCUCGACGUGAAGUAAUUUUUUUUGAAAUUGUGAAAAAAAAUUGGAAAAAAAAAUAACAAAAUAGAAGAAUUUCAGCCUUUUUUUUGCGAUUUUCGUUUAUGUGUCACGAUGGGAAAGAAUCCAGAAAAGAAACACAUUUUUUUCAUAUUGAAAAACUAAAAAGAAAAGGUCAUCUCUCCUAAAAAGCGCCCUUGUGGCGCGAACUCAAACUUUCCUCUCUCCGACUCUGAAUUAUUUUUUCUCCAUAGUUAGGAAGUUCGGUGCCUUUCCAAGUUAACCGUUCGAUUCACAAUGAGAAACUCUACGAAGUACUGCUUUGAACUGAAACACCGUUUUCCAGUGCCCAUAUGCCUUUAAAAAUUCUCUUAGAGCGAAAUUUCAGAGUCCUUCCCGUUUGAUGCUUUGAGAAAAACUCUAAUAUUCAAAAUCUAGGUUAUUUUCUCGAAUUUUCAAACUAGUUCUUUUUCUAUGUAAAGUCAAGAAAAAUUGAGCUGCUGAUGAGACUCGGCGACCCGAGGAACCCCACGAAGCGGUCGCAUUGUCAGAAGAGCCGUUGUCCUAAUCUUUUCAUCAGCUUUCUUUUUAUCUAUUUCUUACAUUUUUACUCAUUUUGAACUUUGCGGGUCGGGUCGCCCCUGGGAGACUGCUUCAAAUGGCGGGAGCCCCGUCGGCAGAAAUACCUAUGUGAGACCCAAAAGCUGAUUUUUUUUUUUGCAGGUCUCAAUAUUCAAUCUGAACGACAACAUGACUCACGAACUCCUUCAGUCUUUUGCCUCGUACGUUUUUUCUUUCCUUACAUUUUUCCACAUUCACCUUCUUCCUUUUUAGGACUAUCGGCGAAAUUCAAGAAACAGGGAUCUGUUACCAUCCGAAGACGAAAAAGCAUCUUAGAAUGGCUUUUGUAGUUUUCAAAAAGACUUUUCACGCCGCGGCUUUCGUUGAAAAGUAUAAUGUGGAAAGGCUGCUCGGCUCCAAGUUGGAAUGUCAUCUCGAUCCUUUUUGUGAGUAGUUUUAUCUCAAAAUAAGUUGUAAGAUAUGAUUCAAAAGUAAAUCCUUUUCAGAAUCAAAAAAUAACAUUAAAAAAAUCAAUUUUCAGAAAGGUUCAUAAAAAGAAAAAUGCUCAUUUAAUUGAAAAAUUUAUUAUUAUUAUCUGUAUUUUAUUGUGCCGUUUAGGGUAGCUAAUUUUCGUUUUUCUAAAGAGCUUCGAAAUUUUCGGAAUAUUUGAAUUUAACAUAAUUUCUUCUCCGCUUUUUUCAGUUUUUUUUUUCAGUGGCAAUUUUGAAUCAAAGACAUGAAGAUGAGACCCACAGCCAGUCUCCUUUGCCGGAUUAUCUGAAAAAAGUCGAGGAAAACGUGCUGACGGAUUUGCGCGAGAGAGUCCUACGUCAACACAGAGGUUAGUGUCGCAGACUUCUCCAUUAUACUCUCUCUUUUUUUUUUUUUGAAAGUUAGAGCGUUUUUUCCUGCAUCUUCACAGGAAUAAUAAUGAUCAAAAAUUUUCACUCGAAAACACAUAAUUUUCAAUUUUUGGCGGGAGUUUCGCGCCAAAAAGAAUGAAUGCCGGAAUAUUUCUUCCAAUCUUUGAGGAUUUUAAUGCUCAUUAUGUUUUUGUUCCCAAAAAAGUUGAGAAAAGGCAGUGAAAUAUGAUGGUUUUCAGAUUCUCAACGUAUCUCCCAGAUCUCAGACGCAGCUGAAGACGUCGAAGGCGAAGCGAUUCUCGACGUGGAAGGCAUCGACGAGUUGCCACACGAGAGCAACGCCUUCGAAGCUGAAAAAGUGAAGGUCUGAUCAUGUUUUCUACACGGAAUAAAUGCUGAAAACGCCUGUAGACGGAGCUGUUCGCGGAUCCCGAUGCGCCCACGACGUUUCUGAGGGAAGAAGCGACGACGUCAGCCGCGGAGCCGACAGUACUGCCGCCUGUCCGAGUCGUGCCCAAGUGGACCUCGCAAUAUCCAGAAGGACUUUCUCACGCUCCUGUCGGCCAUUUUGCCGGCGUCCCCACAAAUCAUCUUCACUACCACAGCCACUACAACCCUCAAGCUGUCGGGUUCCCCAGCGGUCAGUUCCGUCUUGUUCUUCGUUCCGCACGCUUCCGCUUGCCGCGUCUGUUCAGCUUUGCAUGUGCUUGUGGUAGUGUUAUUUCUUGCUUUCAGGGUUUACAACAGCGCAGUGGACACCUACUCUCCGUUUCAUCAAAGUAGAGGUUAAUAAUAACAAAUCCACGAUAGCGGCUACGGGAAUAUGGCCAGAUGCGAAGCCCGAUACCAAACAAGGCGUUGUAUCAGAUGUGAAAGUUGAGGCUGACGAUUUCAAAAACAUCCUCCAAGAGGAGCUGAAAGAAGUUGAAAAAGAAGGUAUUUGCGCGCCUACCCAGAGCUCAAACGUUGAAAAAGCUUCUGAGACUUUUCGGAGCUCAGGAAAAGUUUCUUUCACGAUAAGAAACAAUCAAGAACCUAUUGCAUCCAGCCAAAAGCUUUUCAUUCCGGCAAUCUCAGCUGACGUCAAGAUCGAGACGAUGCCAGUGUCUUCGACGCAGGAAAUGAGGAACGACCGUUCAGUUUUAUUCGAAAAGAUCUUUAACGAACAUUCCACGCGACAAAUCGAGAGAGCAAAGAUCAUAGAGAGGGCGAUUGAAAAGAAAAAAUUGAAAGAAAUUGAAAGAGCAGAAAAAACGAAGAAGUAUAUGGAAAUAGAAUCACAAAAAAAGUCUAAAGAGAAGAUUUUACAAAGAGAUAAAAGUAUCGCGAAAGGAAAAGACAAGGAGAAUAACGCCAACCUGUUGCGUCACGAAGAGAGAUCGACUUCAAGGAUCAGCUGGAGCAGGAAUUUCUCUGAGAAACCGCCGAGCCACUUUCCUGCUCCUUGGUCGAAUCGCCGGUUUUUAGUUGACAAAUUUGGCCGACAUCUUUCAAAAAAAGAGUUGCGUCGUCGCGAGAAUCGUCGGAUCUACGGACACCGAAGGUUUUCUCGUCUUCAAGACCAUAGAAGGCACUUCUACCAAGGUUUCGGGUUUGAGGCGCUUUUUGAAACUUAAGAUUAGGAACGCUCGAAGAUUUCUUUUUUUUCUUUGUAGAAUUUUCAAAUAAAAAAAGUUCUUCAAAAAUUUUAUGAAAUUGAUAAUCAGUUUCGAAAUUUUUUUUCUCAUUCUUUAAAAUAACUUGAAAUAAAUAUUGUGUUUUGAGCGUUUCAAUUUUUAAGUUUGAAUUGCAAUAUAAUGCUCGCUCAAAAGCUUUUUAAUCGAUUCAGUGGGUGUCAUAGACGAAUUGAACUUCUUUUUUUGUAAUAGUUGAGAACGACAGGUACCCAAAAAGUUCAAUUUUUCUACGCUUUUUUUUGCUAUUUGAAAUCAAUAUCGCGAUCUAAACAUUUAACAGAAAAGAAAUUUGAAUUUUUUUAAAAAAUCAUUUGCAAAAUUUUUCUCUCUGCAAAUUAUCACAGCGUCUCCUAUCCUGUAUUACGGGCAAAAAAUCUAAGCUUUUUGUUCCGUUGUUCCAACUAUUUCACCUUUGCACUUCUUCUACUUUUCUCGGUUAGUCUUGCGCGGGAAAAGUAGUCUAAAACUCACGUGUGACGUUUUGUUUGUAGAAGUUAUGUCUGACAUGGAAGGUCAUUUUUGCGUAGGGUUUGGAAUUUUCUAUAAAUUUGCUCAAAAAAUCUUUGAUGGACUGGGAAACUUUUUAUUCAUGAAAUUUCGACAUUUUUAUCAUGAUCCGUCAAAAAAAUUAAUGGCAAAAUUCGAUGGCCGCAAAAAGAUUCGAACCUUCAUCAGAGGCUUCGCAGGCUAUCGCUCUAGCUACUGCACCACGCUCCUAGCUGCAAUGCAAUGACUUGUGCUGCGGACAUAUACCUUCCGAACAGUGUCACGUGUUUGAGGACAAAAACUUUAAAAAAUCAUAUCUCCAAAACGAAAAGUUUGCGCAGAUAGCGACUAUGCGGGAUCGAUUCCCAGUUCAUCAAAGAUCCUUUGAGCAAAUUUAUAGAAAAUUCCAAACCCUACGCAAACAUGACCUUCCAUGUGAAGUUUGCACAUCCGAACCAAUUCGAACACAAAAACGUGGGAUCUAACCUUUUUCACAGUUAGCAGUCUUCCAAGUCGUUUCAAGCGCUGAUUGGCUGACUCUCUCCGUUGAUUUUUUUUUUGAAAAUAAGGAUUCUCGUUGCAGGACAGAGUUUCCGACACGAAGAAGCAAGAAACUACCGGGGCGACGGCCCUCUCUACCACGAACCUCCGCCUCCCUAUGAGCAGUUCGCCUCGUCGAGCAGCCACGAAACGAGCAACGUGCGCUCUCGGAAAAGCGAGCAGUCGAAGAGUUCUCGACGGUCUUCGCCUGUUUCUUCGAGUGACGACGAACGCACCAAGUCUCGCAGGAAAAAGCGCUCAAAAAGGUCUCAUUUUCACCAGAAAUGCUUUUCAAAAUGGUUUCUUUUCUUUCAGACGUCGUUCUUAUUCGAAGACCGAGUCUUCUGCUCAGUCGACGGAUGAGGAUGUGAUAAUGGUCACGAAGAAGGAAGAAAGAAGGUCAGUUACAGAAAACAAAUCAUUUUUGGAGACUAUUUUUCCAAAACGUGUUUCGUUUGAUUUUUUUUUUGUGUUUUUUCUGAGGUAUCUUUAAUGAAUGCUGGACGCAGCUCAAUUGUAUAAGCUUUUUCUGCUUUUAUUCAUGAUUUAUUCGGAAAAAAAAAAGUUAGAAUAAGCUUUUUUUUCCCCUAGCGUGCUUGUUCAAAAACCAUGCCCAACUUACUUCUGACAUUUUGAUUUUUUAGCAGAGUGGAAUAUAUUCGAGACGGGAAAACAGUGAAAGAAAUCAAGGAGCUGAAAACGAGGACGGAGACAGUUACUCGAAUGAAAGUGAGCACCAAUGUGAGUUUUCUUCAAGAUAACUUUUUUUUUUCAAAAUUCUAAACGGAAAGGUUAGUUUCUGAAAUAUCAUGUUUUUACGUGCGAAUCAGCUUCAGUUAGAAAGGAAGACUUUUUUCCUGCGUUUCUUCAAGGAUGCCCCUUUUUUCGAGAUAUAGUAUCUAUCCUAAAAACAAAAAUCGGGGGAAAAAAAAACUUUUAAUGUUACCUAUAAAAUUUUUUCCCAGGGGAAAAUCCACUUUUAUUCUUUUUUUCAGCAAAAUGGCUCAGAGAGCAACUCAUGCGACUCUUCGCAAGGCGGAGAGAACUCGCGGCGUUCGGCGUCGCUUUCGCCGGAUCGUCGACGGAGCGACGCUGAAAGAAGACGCGAGAAAAUGCGCGCGACUUCUUCCUUCUCGACGAAACGUCGCAGCGAAAAUACUUCGGAACAGGACAGUUCGAAAAACAAAGCAGCACACAACUGGAGCGACUCCGACGACGACGACUCCGACGAAAGCUCCAAGAAAAGCUUUGCCCGACGUCGCAAAAACAGCAAGGUUUUUCAUGGCUUCCUUAUCUCCACGAUAAAUAAAUUGUUAUGAGUCACUUAGGAACCUUUAACGAAAUUUCAAAAGUUUGACCAUAAAAAUUUGUUCCAUCCCAGAUCGCGUUAGUCGUUUCAAAAAGUUUUUAGAACAGAAUAAUUUUUGAGGUGGUUUUAAAGUUGAGAAAAGUUUUCCACGCUGAAGAUUGUUCAGAAGAACUUGGGAGACCGCUCUCUCGAUCGAGAAGAAGCUUUUGUGGAGCGUGUAACUCCCAAAAAAGCGAAACCGAAGACGCCACCGCAAGAGCCGCCGAGUCCUCCGCAAAACGCUGCUCCAGUCGCGGCUGGCCAUUUUCCUCCGAGAAACGUUUCUUCGGCCGCGCCGCCACCACCCAUGCCUCCGAUGUUUCUGGGAGCAAUGCCAGGCUACCCUCCACCUAUGCCGUUCUUCGGGCAUCCGCACAUGCUCCCUUUUCCUCCUCCGAUGAACUACGUCGUUCCUUUCAAUCCCUCACUGCCACCGCCAGCUCUGGUCCAUCCCAACAUCUCCGUCUCUGUGGUACGUGGCAUCUGUUCUUCGUUCCGAAAACAUCUGAAUCUCAGGCGACUCCGACUUUGCGGAAGACGACGACGCCGCCGCCGACUGACCGAGAGAGCUCUCCUCCGCGAAUUUCUCUUCAAGCUCGUGCUCUUGAUAUUUUCGGAGUCAAGUCCACGGGAGGCCUUCCUGCUCCUUCAGAGUGAGCUUUAAACUCUUUUUGGAUUUUUACUUUGUAACGAAACGCACAAUCGUUUUUCUCUUCAGUAUGUAUUCACUCAGCGCUAUUUAGAUAUAUCCGAAAUUAAUUUGAUUUCAAUCGGUAAAACAUUUUUAAAGAUCUUUCAAUAAGCUGUUGCAUCAUCUAGUAAUUCCGUAGAACUUAAUUUGAGAAUACACUUUAUUAAAGGAUUCUAAGCUUCUUUUGUAGUUUUUUUUGUACGAUAUCAUUUCCCCGAUGCAGCGCGAGUCGAACAGUACUUGCAAAGACGACAUCUUUGGAUAACGACGAGGAAGACAUGGAUGUGGAGGUUUCGACGAAAUGCUCGUCGAUGUGUGAAGAGACGGAGGAAGAACGCCUGGAGCGGGAAAGACGCGAGACGGAAGAAGAAUUCACUCGCAGAGUCUCCUUUUUCCUGAUUUGAGUUGCGAUCGAUGACGGUUUCAGGAGAACAUCUGGCGCGAACUGCGAAUGCGAGUUCUUGCCGAUUUGAAGUCGGAGCUGAGUGAGAAGCUUUGUGACGACCUGAUAGGUCUGGCUCGCCGGAGCUGCUUGAAACAGGUCGAUGAGAUCGUCCAGGAGAGAAAAGAGGCAGAAGAAGUCCGAUUAAAGGUUAUUCAUCCAUCGAUUCGCUUUAUGGCAAUUUUCUCAGGAGGAACGAGAUGCCGAGUUACGUCGAAAAGAGGAAGCCGAAAAACAAUUCCCUAAGUUCUGGAGCCAGGUACAGUUAGUAAGUGAAUUGCAAUCAACACAGGGAGAUUUCAGUUCGGUUUUCAUAGCAACGACAGACUCAUCCCGAUGACGUUCAAGCGGGUAUGUCCGAUGUCCUGUUGCUUCCAACGCCAUUGGAAUUAGAAAAUCAUUUUUGUUUUCUGUUUUACAGAAGCUGGACCCCGUCAGACAGCCGGCGACGUCGAGUGGCGACUCUCGGAAAAAGCGCAAGUCAAAUGAAAGGCGACGCAUUUCCUCUUCUGCCGAAGUCUCACAAUCUUCCUCUUCGAGCUCCGACUCUGACUCCGAGUUGGAAGAAGAGAAGGAAAAGGAGGCUGCUACCACCAAAUCCUCUUCGGAGGCUGAAGAAUCCGACUUGGAUAGGUCUGUUCCGAAGUUCUUGCAGACCCAUCUUUUUUUUUUCUCAGUGGCUCGAGAUCGGAGGAAGAAGAUGAAGAUGCGGCUUCUUCACAAGAUGAACUCCCCAUCAAACCCAGGAAGAAUCGGAUUCUGAGCUCGACUCCAGAGUACGGCCAACUCCAUUUUUGAACGUCAUCCAGUAAUUGUAGAGAUUCGGUCAACUCCAGUGCAGGAAGCGAUGACGAGAGUGACGUAGACGAGCUCAAGGAUUCUCAGGAGGCUUCGACUAGCAAAGAAUCGAGUUCUGACGAGGAAGUCGUCGAAAAUAGUGAGUUUGAACAAGUUUAUCCUUUCAUUCAAGAAGAAAAACAAAAUAGAAGUAUUAGUUAAAGUCGAAGAAGUUGUCUGGGGGGAUUUUAAAGGCUUUCUUUACAUGUUUUCAGGCUUUUCCUUAUUAUUAAGAAAAAAUGGCGAAUUUUUCUUCGUUUUCGAGGACUAUCGCGAUUUCGGAGAAUCACUAUUUUUUCAUAAUUUAAACUUUAAAAAUUUUACGCGUACUUCUCUCCUUUUUUUCGAUUUACCAUAACUUUUUAAAAUGUUAACGUUUUUUUUUAGACUUGCGUGUAAAGAGGGGGAAAUCGGCAAGUCCCUCGCUGACAGCGACGCCGAGAAGCGAAGAUCUCGAAUCGGAAACGCCGGCGAAGAAACGCAAACGGGAUUUGUUGUCGGAUGGUGCUGAGGAAAUUAGAGCCAAGGUUCUAUUCUUAUUUCAGCGUGAACUUAUUGAGAUCCCUUAUAAGAAAGCCUUUAUUCUCCAAGCUUUCAAGAAGACAGAAAUUUUACAAGAGAUGAUCAAGUCGUCCUCACUUGAAUGUUUUGCGCGGUUUCUUCAUGCUCGGGUUUUUUUCAGUCGAAGACGAAAGCGAGGCCGACGUUGGCGACGAGUUCUUCUGCACCGUCCGUGUCGCAACUGGCGACGGCGGCACCAAUGCGUCCUUUGUUCGCGACGGUCAACAUUCGCAAGAUGCCCCGCGACUUGGUCGAGACCCUGGCGGCAAGUGCGACUGUCUCCGCCGUGGAGUACCAUCCGCUCAUCACCGAACACUGCUACUUCAAGCCGGAGAACGAUGACGUCACCAUCAAAGUUCGAGAUCCCAUUGUGCGAUUUUUCUCUUCAGAAUUUAUCGUGGAUAUCUUCCUGAAAUUAUGUCUGGCAAGGAAAGCCAUUCUUCUUCUUACUUUGAUUUAUUCUGAAAAUUUAGUUAAUACAUAACUAGUUGUGCAGACUUACAGGAUUUUAAUUUACUUCAUCGAGGGGGCACAGAACUUCGAAGUACUAAUUUUCAGACUUCCUCCAUAUUCGAUCAUCCGCGUUCUGGGCCGAUGGAGUUCCAAGCUCCGCCCGAGGAGAAGCUCAAGAAACAACAAAACAGGCCCCUGAAAGUCGCGAAACGGCUUCCAAAUGAACUCAUCCAGCUUUUCCCUCAUUUGUAAGCUUCUUUAAGAAUACAUUGUUAUAUUCACGUUUUAGACGGGAAGAACCAAAAAAAGAGAUCAGGUUCCCGAAGAAAACCGAAGACCAAAAACAGAGAAUCAUUCACGACUUCGGGGUUCGUUACUGGUCUGAGAAUUUUUCCAUCGAAUGAAUGUUUUGCAGGAGUUUUUGGACGAAGAAGAUCAGAACUAUGUGCGGAUCGCUCUGGAGAAGUUACAGCCUGAAGGCGUGAGGCCGCCUUGGGGACAGUCGUUGACUUUCGUCGAGGUGCCGCCGCCGCCGCAACCGCUACUCGUGGUCUCUUCAUUUCCUUUGCUUUGUUCCCUCUACUCUGUUUUUAUGUCUCGUGUUCUAUUAGGGCAAGGCAAUUGAUUUCAGAGUUUUUUUUUAUGAUUUCGUUCGAAAAUUAUUUGAUGAAAGAAAAAACUCUGAAAUCAUGGUUUAGUAGGUAUGAAGCCAUCAUAAAAAUAGAAAUAAUCAAUGGUUAGACACUUGAGAAAAGGCUGAAUUUUCUCAUUUCUGGCGUAUGUCAAAAAGGAUCUGCUAAUAGAACGAUUAUUGUUAUUUCUCUAUUACUCUGACCUCAUGAUUUUCCAGCAAACCCCGUCGUUUACGCGACAUGGCAAGCCGGACGUUUACUACGCGGACGAGGACUUGGAAGGGGUGAUUCCAGUGGAAGAAGGGUGCGCCCGGGCACGGGCCUUCGUCAAGAUGACCGUCAAACAGAAGAGAAGCCUCGUGCGACGUCCAGACAACGUCACCCACAUCAAUGAACGGGUACUUGCAUUUAACGUCCAUUCUCGUGGAAAUAUUGAACCGGAAAUAUCUUAUCUAGGUAAUUUUCAAUUUAACAAAAGAAAAAUCGAGAUAAUUUCUUUCACAUUUUUUUUCUUGAAACGACGGAAACAGAAAUCAAGUUUUUUUUUUCUUAUUUAACACCUCAUACCGACUAUUCAAUCUCAAACCUCCGUUCAUGUACACCAAAAAUUAUAAAAAAAAAACAUUCCCUAUUUUAAAAAUAAUUUGUAUAAUCUGUGUGCCACGACUUGAAAUUUCACGGAACGACGUUCCGCUGUGCCGCUGCGAGCUUUUAAUUUUUUUUUUCUCAUCAAGGUACUCUACUUUUAUGUGCUUCCACAGCAAUAACAAUAAAUUGCAAGCGUGACCUAGAUUGGAAAGACGCUUCGCGAACGCACGCAGCGGAACAGCGUUGUGUGAAAUUUCGGAAUGUCGUUCGGUAAAAUUUCAAGUCGUGGCACACAGACUAUAGACUUGAUGACUUUCCAUUAGUUGAGCACAAUUUUUUUUUUUCUUUCUCAAACAAUGUUUAUGGAAGCUGCAGGACGAAGCGGCGGCCAGGCAUCAGGCGAUCGCCAACAAAGAGUCGCGCUCCUUGCAACGACGUCUUCUGAACACUCUCGGCGACGCCAACACCGAUUUCUUCAAAGUCAACCAACUCAAGGUUCCUACAUUCAUUCAUACAUAAACAAGUCCUUCUUUUUUCAGUCUACGGUUUAACUUCGAAUUUUUUUUUACAUGUUUCAAUGAAUAGGAGUUUUUCUAAACAAAACAAAAUAGAGAGAAAAUUUAAUAAUUUUACCUUGAGUAUUUUGAGAAAUCGACAGUGUUCAUAAAAGAAAAAAAUGAAACUUUUUUUCCAAUUUACGAUCUUAGCAAGAUACUAUUAUGAAAAAAAGUUAACGUUGCAAAAAAAUUAUCCAAAAUUUUCGAGAUCCUUGAACUAUCCGUAUGUUUCUUAUUUCUGUUUUAAAAACAACUGUUUAUUGCAUCUUUAAGAAUACAUGUGCAAUCGACUUUCAUUGAUUUAACUGUGUUUAAACGGCGGCAGGAGCUGUGGCUUAGGCAGAGAAGUUGUGAAUUUCGCUCGUAGAACAUCAGGUACAAGAGAGGUCUGAAGAAGAAGUACGGUGCCGCCUUUCCAAGGGCCGAGGGCAGAGAUUGAGCUUUUUCGCUGCAUGCAGCUCCCAGUUUUAUCUACCCCGCAGGGAUGAAAAGCUUGGUCGACCUCGGGGGAACUCGAACCAACGACCUCGCGGACGUUAGAAAUGAAUUUUUAUUUCAGUAUCGCAAAAAGAUGAUAAAGUUUGCGCGAUCGAGAAUUCACGGCUGGGGUCUGUACGCGAUGGAGCCGAUAGCGCCAGACGACAUGAUAGUCGAGUACAUCGGCCAGAAAGUGCGGUCAAUCGUGGCCGACGUCCGCGAGAAGGCCUACGAACGCCGUGGCAUCGGCAGCUCUUACCUCUUCAGAAUCGACGAACACAGCGUCAGUAGAAAUAUGAAGACGUCAUUUCUCCUUUCUCUUCAGGUUAUCGACGCCACCAAAAUGGGCAAUUUCGCUCGUUUUAUCAACCACUCGUGCUCGCCCAAUUGCUACGCCAAGGUAAUGCGUGCGAAAAAAAAGACUUCUCAGAAGCUUUGGUUUGGAAAAAAAUCAGGGAACACGAUGUUGAAAAAAAAUUUUUUUUUCAUGAAACAAUACAGGGCUCAAAUUCGGAAGUUCAAAAUCCGAAAAGGGAUAGAUUUGUGAGAAGCUUGAAAAGGAGAGUUUCCGAGGUUUCGAAAACACUUUCUUCCUGUUAUUUUCAGUUUGUUUGUCGAAAAAAAAAGUGAAAUCGUAAAACCCACAGUUAUGGCGGUUCUCUAAUAGAUUUAUGAAUCUCUGAGUUUCGAAUAAAAGCAAUCAAUAGAAGAUUAAAAAAAUGCUGCUGGUUCAAAACGGUAUGGUUCUAUUACAGGUGGUGACAGUGGAAGGCGACAAGAGAAUCGUUAUCUACAGCAAGGGGCUGAUAAACAAGGGCGAGGAGAUCACCUACGACUACAAGUUCCCCUUCGAAGAAGACAAGAUCGACUGUCUUUGCGGCGCGCCCAACUGCCGCGGCUCUCUCAACUGA